CAGAUUUUUUACCCGCAUAGGCUACACACGGUCGUCGUCGACAGAAAGCUAAACAGCCACCACAAACCUCUUCAGUAUCAGGAGGGAAACGUUUCCAGAUCUCUUUUGAACGGAACAUCGCAUUUGAACAAGAACAGAAGAGUAACGAUAAGAUGUCUGCCCCCCUCGGUCCAGACAUGCCUGUGCCAGUACCUAAACCACGGACUCGCUACAAGCGUGCUGGAGGGAGCCCACAGAUCCAGCUCUCUUCUGAUCGGGAUUUGAUACAUGAUACACCUGACACAGGAAUUCAUAGCAGAGGUAUUCCACCCGCAAAUGAUUUGCUGGCAGAAAAGGAAGACAACCCUGCCAUUAUCCUAAAUAAGCCUGCCAUUACCAGCCCAGCGGAGCAGAAUCCAAGCCAGUGUAACUUCCUUCUCUUCAGAUCUGAUUCUGGAGUGACUCCAUCUUACCCAGUACUGGACAGUAAUGGACUCUGUCCAUCUGUCUGGUUGUCCUUCUCUCCACACAGUCCGGCUGCGGAUACUGACCCCUACGUCAGUCCGGCUGCGAAUACUGACCCCUACGUCAGUCCGGCUGCGGAUACUGACCCCUACGUCAGUCCGGCUGCGGAUACUGACCCCUACGUCAGUCCGGCUGCAGAUACUGACCCCUACGUCAGUCCGGCUGCAGAUACUGACCCCUACGUCAGUCCGGCUGCGGAUACUGACCCCUACGUCAGUCCGGCUGCGGAUACUGACCCCUACGUCAGUCCGGCUGCGGAUACUGACCCCUACGUCAGUCCGGCUGCGGAUACUGACCCCUACGUCAGUACUGACCCCUACGUCAGUCCGGCUGCGGAUACUGACCCCUACGUCAGUCCGGCUGCGGAUACUGACCCCUACGUCAGUCCGGCUGCGGAUACUGACCCCUACAUCACUGACGUAGCUGACUGGGAAAAAUGCCCUGGAUCUGGAUCUGAAUCGUCCAAUGAUGACAAUACCGUUACUGAAGAAAUAAAGAACCCAUCCCACAUGAACAAUGUGGCGUCAGGGCAUGUUUGUGUUGGUGUUGUCCCCAGCGGGAAACCUCCUGUGGAAAAGGAGUCUCUGCAGACCAGACCUCUCAAACAGAAGAUCCCACGUGCGGCCACCAUCCGUGUCAGCAGGAGAAAACAGGCAGCAGCGAGCGGUGGUGCUACCCAGGCAGCAGAGUCCUCUCGUAGGGAGAAUGUGGUGUCCCGAUCCAGCUGGCUGGAUGUAUGGAAGGGACGCAGGCACAAUGUUCUGUGGGCCACCCUGGAUGGACCGUUGGUAUCAUUUUGGAAGAAACGCACAGACAAGUUCACAGACCUAGUGUUCCAUGUGUCAAGCAUCACCAAUGUCUGCAAGCAGGACAAAGGACGCUUCUCCCUUUACUUCUGCAAGAAGCACUUUGAGUUCAUGGCGCACAACAAAGCGGUGCAGGAGGGCUGGGUGACGUCCCUCCUGGCCUCUCGUGGAUGGGACCCCCCAGCCCCUCCGGAGCAGCAUGGAGCCCUGACCAUGAAGGACCCUCGCAGCAACAGAGUGUACGCGGCCAUCUGUGGACACAACCUAUGGAUCUACAACAACAAAGAGGACUUCCAGUUGGGGGUUGGGCUGACCUAUGUGUCCAUGAACGUGGCGUCAGUGAAGCAGACUGGCCGUCAUAACUUCAGUCUCAUCACACCGUACAAAACCUUCAAUUUCUCCACAGACUCAUCGAGGGAGCUGGCUGUGUGGCUGGGGAGUCUGAACCAGGUGAUCCUCAGUGCCCUGUCAUGCAGCGAGGUGGCCCACCGACUCUGGGCCAGCCCAUGGAACAAAGUGUGUGCCGACUGUGGCAGUGCCAACCCCGAGUGGGCCUCAGUUAACCUGCUGGUGGUCGUCUGUGAGGCCUGUGCAGGUCAGCAUCGCUCUUUGGGCAUCCAUGUCUCCAAAGUGAGAAGCCUGAAGUUGGACAGUAAAGUGUGGACUGAACCUUUGAUUCUGCUAUUUGUCUAUUAUGGGAACAAAGCAGCCAAUGAUGUAUGGGGUCACAAUGUGCCGGGUGCAGAGCAGAUCCUGCCAGACUCCUCUGUGGAUCAGAGGGGGGACUUCAUCAGGGCCAAGUACACCAAGGGCCGAUACAGAUUCACCCAUCCUCUAGCCUCCAGCCAGAGACUGCUCAACCAGAGGCUGUGUGAGGUGGUGUGUGGCCCUAAUGUCCCAGAGACCAUGUCAUUGCUGUGCUCGGGGGCCCGGGUCCUGUGCCACUCAGGGGACUCUCAGUGCCCCACGCCCAUCUCCCUGGCAGAGCGGGCUGGACAGGCCAUGCAGACGGAGCUGCUCAGACACAACGAAUACACAGAUGCCCCUGCCUAUGUUCAUCAGGUCACAGGGUCUCUGCUGGGCACCUCUGACCCUCCUCCUGCUGCAGGAGAGGAGGAGCUCCAUGGGAAGUUGGAGGAGGACCGCUUCCUGUUCUCCCAGGAGAAUGACUCUGCAGCCUGUGAUGUUCUGGACCUGAGGGAGGUCAUCUCCAUUUUCCACAGCUCCAACGGAUCGACUCAUGAGUUUGAAAUGGUGACUCUGACGGACGCGUUGGUGUGCAAUGCUGACACUGAAAAGGAUCUACUGAAUCACCUGCUUCAUAUUCUCAGGGUGGUGUUGCCCGGGCCCAUAGAUGAGGAGGAGCUGGACGGGGUGUUUGCUGUGUCCCGGGUGUCUCUGAGGGAGGGAGGAGGCCUGCAGCACACUGAGGUCUGGGCAGUGCUCCGUGGAGGUCAGGUCCUCGUCUAUCCUACUGACCAGCAGCGCCACAGAGAGAGGCUAACACUCAACCCUGAGACUCAAUACAAGAUAGAUUCCUCUGAGAACACCAUAGAGCUGGUCACUGGAGAGAGAACCAUGUCCAUGCAGUUUGAACGAGACCACAGCUGUCAGUCCUGGCACAGCCUACUGAAACGGGCAGUGACCACAAAGAGGAAGCAGCGCCCAUCACUGUACGAGCUGCCACCCAACGCCAUUGGCAAUGUGCCCCCUGCCAUUGAGAGGUGUAUCUCACACAUCACACAGUAUGGCCUGAAGGUGGAUGGGCUGUACCGGCGCUGUGGCUUGGCCACUAAGGUCAGCAGUCUGGUGGAAGCCCUCAGCAGAUCACCUAAAACUGCCCCUCUGGAGAAAGAUGAACAGGGUCUCCUGGACGCUGCAGGGGCCCUGAAGCAGUAUGUCCGCCAGCAGGUGGUGCUCAUCCCUCAGACACAAAGGGAACUGUGGGUCAAGGCUGCAGCCCAGACAGAAGAGAACCUUAGACUGGCUACCUACCGCAGACUCCUGAAAAAGCUGCCCCCUGACAACAGAAUCACACUCAACGCCCUGUGUGGACACUUCUACAUAGUUCAGCUGUACAAUGUGGAGAACCGUAUGACAGCUCAGAACCUGGCGCUGGUGUUUGUCCCAACACUGUUCCAGGAGCUGGCCAUGAACACAAACAUGGUGCGCCUCACCAGAGAACUCAUCAUACACCACACACUCCUCUUCCUGAGUAAAGAACAAGAGUCUGACAUGGAGAGUGAAGAACUCAUAACAAAAUCAUAGACAAACACAUGUAUAUAUUUGGCUUUGGCUGUCAAAGAAAGCUUAUAUGGGAAAGAUAUAUUUGGUUACAUAGUGUAGUUUUCACAACUUCUUUGAACUACACAUUUAGGCCAUGGACUGGAUUAAACUUAUUUUUUCUGCUAUAUUCAUUUGGGGAUUAUUGUAAUUUAGGUGAUGGUAAAAUAAUAACAAACCAAGCUCAAAUUGUAUGUUGUUAGUGCCUUCAGAAAGUUUUCUCACCCCUUGACUUUUUCCACAUUUUGUUGUUGCAGCCAGAAUUUAAAAUAGAUUGAAUUGAGAUUU